AUGGCUGAUACUGGUAAUGGUGAUGGUAGCUUGCCUGUGUCAACACAAGAAAAAGGAAGUAGGAACAAGAGAAAAUACUUGGAUGAUUCUUCUUUAGACUUUCCAAUUGAUGUAUCUUCACCGUCUGAAAUAGAGCUCCCUAAAUACGAAUUUUUAGAGGAGAAAAUUCAGAACAGGUUGAUUGAGCUGGGCUCAGUGGAGGCCUGCUCUGUUCAGCCUAAAGAAGAAAAGGAAGCAGAUGGGUUGCAAUCGGCUGGUUGGGACGAUCCUAUAGCCUGUCAGCUUGAGGAACUUUUGUCAAGUAGCUUGAGUGCGACUUUCCGGAGUGCAAUUAAAAAGAUUGUUGAAUGUGGACACAGUGAGGAGGUUGCUGAGUGGGCUGUUUUGGGGAGUGGCUUUUGCUAUGGUAUUCAAGAUGCUGUGUCAAAUAUUGUGAAUGGUGCUUUGGUUUUUCUGAGUGGUGUAAAGAAAACUAAUACUUCAGGACAGAAUGCCUUUGAAGAUUUACAGAACCUAGUAGAGUAUACAAUGCUAGAGAUGAUAUGCGUGCUUAGAGAGGUUAAACCCUCUUUAUCUGUUGCUGAAGCAAUGUGGUGCCUGUUGUUAUGCGACUUGAAUCUUUCACAUGCAUGCGCACUGGAAGGAGAUACUUUGGUUGAUUUUUGUGGGAAAGAAGUUCCAGGAGCAAGCACCUCAGGCAUGGCACUUCCCCAAUUGAAAUCAGAGGCUUCAGAAACCAGUCUUCCAAUCCCCAACAAACCAUAUAAUCCAAAAGCUUUAACUAUCAAUGUGCAAAAUUCCCAGUCUAGAAAUCCUCCUGCCUGGUUACCUAAUGCUGAAAAUCCCUGUGUUCGUGAAGUGGCAACCAAAGAGAAAGAAAGUCUAGUUCCUGUACCAAAAGCUGGAGGUAAAGCUUUGGGCAUUAGUAGGGAGCAUGUCCAGAUUAUGCCCCAAACAACUGUCACAGAAAAAAAAUCCUGUUGUUGUAGAAAGGGGUGCUCAGGUAAUUCCAAGAGUGACAUGCUUCGGCAGAAGACAUUUCAUUUUGAGAAAAGUCAUAAGAGUCGGAUGUCUAAGGGGACUUUCAAAGCAAAGCUCUCUAGCUGGGGUAAUGUUGUUGUCGAUAAGAUGAAGGAUCCAUAUGAUUCUUCUGACAUAAUUGUGGAGAAUACUCGCUCAAAAUUAAGUAGUACGUUUGGUUCCAAGUCCUUGCUUGCCGAUGGAAAUCAUCACCAUCCAAGCAAUGCCCCUUCUGUUUUACCUGCAACUACUAUCCCUGCUACAUUGCCUAUAAAAGAUAAUGAUUCAGCAUUACCCACAACAAAUACUGGAUUGGCUUCAUCAUUGCCUCUGGAAACAAUACCUACUCCAAAUGCCCAAGUCAACAUUUCUGGCUCUUCGGGGACUCCAGAUUAUUAUGCUUCAAUCCCAUAUAAUAACUGUCUGGGAAAGUAUGUCGCACAAGAUGAUAAGGAUGAGAUGAUAUUGACUCUAGUUCCUCCAAUGCAAGCACUGCAGAAAGAGCUCGGGGGUUGGACUGAUUGGGCCAAUGAGAAGGUUAUGCAGGCUGCUCAAAGGCUUAGGAAGGACCAGGCAGAGCUGAAGACAUUGAGGCAAGAGAAAGGAGAAACAGAAAAAUUUAAUAAAGAGAAGCAAACAUUGGAGGAGAACACCAUGAAGAGGCUGUCUGAGAUGGAGUGCGCACUAUCUAAUGCUACCUCCCAGAUUGAGAUGGCUAACUCUACGAUGUGCAGGCUUGAGGUAGAGAAUUCUGUGAUGAAGAAGGAGAUGGAGGCCGCUACACUACAGGCUCUAGGGUCGGCUGCAAAUUUGCAGGAAGUUGUGCAGAGGGAACAGGAGGCACUGAAGAAUGCUCAAUUGUCAGAGAUGCAGAAGACUUUAUUGCAGGAGGAGUCAACAACUGACAAGCACAUUGAAACUGAGCUGCAACAGCAAGUACAAAAGGCUAAAGUUCUCCGUAACCAAAGUGAGGAUCGAUGGAGACAGGAAGGAAAGGAGAAGUUAAGAAUCCUUAUGCAAGUUAGGUCCCUAAGGAAGGAAAGAGAACAACUAGAAGCUCUGGGAAAAGCAGAGGAGGAUAUGAUCAGGAAAAAGGCAGAAAAUGAGAUGCAGAAAUAUAAACAAGAUGUAGGAAAGCUUGAGAAUGAGAUAUCGAAACUGAGAUUUGAGUCUGAAUCCUCGAAAAUAGCAGCACUUCGAAGGGGCAUAGAUGUGAGCUAUGAUGGCUGCCUUAAAGACAGCAAGGGUUCCUCAGUUUUUCAGGUGUACCAACCUCCCAAAGUCCCAAAGAGAUUAGCAGUUUUUUGUGACAACUUUGGUGCUGGAAGUGUGAAACCCGAUUGGGAAUGUGUGAUGUGCCUGACAGAAGAGAUUUCUGUGGUUUUCCUUCCUUGUGCGCAUCAGGUUCUUUGUGCAAAAUGCAAUGUGCUCCAUGAGAAGGAAGGAAUGAAGGAUUGCCCCUCUUGCAGGACUCCAAUCCAGAGGCGAAUCUAUGCUUGUUUUCGCUAAUUUUUAGCUGCUACUUUAUAGUAGUGAGAAAAGGGAAGCUGGUAUUCGGAAUGAUUCAAAUGGAUUUAUUGUUAAGGGUUUAUCAAAUUGACUUCAAUUCAAAUCAUUUAUCUUCUUUUGCCAUUAGUUUAUACCCAAAAGAAAGAAAACACAGGAUAGAGACAUGGAAUAUGAUGCAUAGAAAGUAAAUUGGAAGAGCUGAGUGAGUGGAGUUGAUUUGAUUUUUACAUUGUUUAUAAGCUUUUAUAUGACUUGGUUACGUUUCUGU